AUAUCGGCGUAGAAAACACACAUACGGCGUAGAGUCAGAGCUGCCAGCUUGGUGUUCACACUUCUGACCAGCUCCUGAUUCUCAGCGUGUCCAACAUCUGUGGGGACAUGGACAGGUCUCUGUGAAGGAGGGACAGGGACAAGGAGGACACUUCAGCGACACUGCGCGCCUCUGGACCCUGUGAGACACUCCUUGGUUUUGUUUUUUUUUCUUCUUUUUCCUCCUCAUGUUGAUCGCUGGAUGUGGAUCACAGUGAGCAGGGAUCCCAGCAGCAGACUGACACUUUAGUCCCUGGUGCUUUGUGUAUAGGAAAUGGCAACUGCUCUCAGUGGACGGAACCCUGGCGGACGUGGGCCGCAGCGGAGCAAGGGUCGGAUUUUGGGCAUCAUCGACGCCAUCCAGGAUGCCGUGGGGCCUCCGAAACAAGCGGCUGCUGACCGGCGCACUGUGGAGAAGACGUGGAAGCUCAUGGACAAAGUUGUGCGGCUGUGCCAAAACCCCCGACUCCAGCUGAAGAACAGUCCACCGUACAUCCUGGAUAUCUUACCUGACGCCUACCAGCACCUGCGGCUCAUACUGGGCAAAUACGAGGAGAACCAGAGACUGGCGCAGCUCAGUGACAAUGAGUACUUUAAAAUCUACAUCGACAGCCUUAUGAAGAAAUCCAAACGGGCCAUCCGGCUCUUCAAAGAGGGGAAGGAGAGGAUGUAUGAGGAGCAGUCACAGGACAGGAGGAAUCUGACCAAGCUGUCGCUGAUCUUCAGUCACAUGCUGGCUGAAAUCAAAGCCAUCUUCCCUGGAGGACAGUUCCAGGGAGACACGUUCAGGAUCACCAAGGCUGAUGCCGCUGACUUCUGGAGGAGAUUUUUUGGAGACAAGACGAUAGUGCCGUGGAAAGUCUUCCGACAGUGCCUUCACGAGCUGCAUCCCAUCACCUCGGGCCUGGAGGCCAUGGCCCUCAAGUCCACCAUUGACCUCACCUGCAACGACUACAUCUCUGUGUUUGAGUUCGACAUCUUCACGCGCCUUUUCCAGCCUUGGGGAUCAAUUCUGAGGAAUUGGAAUUUCUUGGCAGUGACUCACCCCGGCUACAUGGCCUUCCUCACCUACGACGAAGUCAAAGCCCGACUGCACAAGUACAUCAACAAGCCUGGAAGUUACAUCUUCAGACUGAGCUGCACACGGCUGGGCCAGUGGGCCAUUGGUUAUGUGACCAACGACGGCAACAUCCUGCAAACCAUCCCCCACAACAAACCUCUGUUCCAGGCCCUCAUCGACGGCUACAGGGAGGGCUUUUACUUGUUUCCUGACGGUCGCAGUUACAACCCUGACCUCACUGGUCUUUGUGAGCCGACGCCUCAUGAUCACAUCAAAGUGACACAAGAGCAGUACGAACUCUACUGUGAAAUGGGCUCCACCUUCCAGCUCUGUAAGAUCUGCGCCGAGAACGACAAGGACGUCAAGAUCGAACCGUGCGGACACCUCAUGUGCACUUCCUGUCUGACAUCCUGGCAGGAAUCGGACGGUCAGGGAUGUCCGUUCUGCCGCUGUGAGAUCAAAGGCACAGAGCCCAUCAUUGUGGAUCCCUUUGACCCACGAAACGAGGGCACCAAGUGCUUCUUCCUGAACCGGCACAGCUGCCACAUGCUGGACCUGGACGACGAGGAAGACCGAGAGGACUGCCUGGUCAUGAACGGACUGGCCAACAUCAGGAAGCACUGUGCCGAGCGCCAGAACUCGCCAAUGGUGUCGCCCAGCUCUUCACCUGUCAGCCAGCACAGGAAAGCCCACAGUGGAGACACUGGACACUGCGUGCAGCACCUCGGCCUUCCCCCCGUCCCUCCACGACUGGACCUCAUUCAGAAAGGUGCCAUCCGCUCCCCAUCUGCCAGUCCCACCGGCUCCCCGAAGUCUUCACCAGGCAUGUCCAGGAAGCAAGACAAGCCUCUCCCAGCUCCACCUCCUCCCCAGAGGGAUCCACCUCCACCACCUCCCCCGGAGCGUCCUCCUCCCAUCCCGCCAGAGUCGCGCCACUCUUGGUUCCCCACUUCCUCCUCCUUGUCCUCGUCCAUGUCGUCCUCCACGAGCGCACUGUCAGACGCCCAGAUGCCCCCCGAAACGCGGCCGACCAAAGACAGCCACUCGGCAGACGCCCACAGGAGCGGAGUGGAGCACCAGCUUCAGAUGGGACACACUGGCCACUCCCUCCUGAACGGAAGACCACUAAGUUGUCCGUCUGCAGGAUUCGGAAGGUUACAUCACAGAAUGGAGGGGGCAGGAACCACAGAGGGCUCCAAGCCUUUCUCUAAUGGCGUUCAACUCGGCGAGGAGUAUGACAUCCUUCCCUCACGGCUCUCGCCAACUCAGUCCUCACUCACCAGUAGCCACAAAGCCCCCAACCCUUUCAGCAGUCCUGCGGUGGAGCGACCACAGAGGCUGAUGGAGCGGGCGGACGACGACUAUCAAGUCCCGUCGUCCAACAUCUGCCUGAGUCAGACUCCGCUCUGCAUCUCCGUGCCCGGCAGACACUUGGAUAACGGCUCACCAGAGCCAUCCAGUGAGGAGAAGAGGCCACACCCACCGGAGCCUGGUAGACACUCAGACUUGGACAGGGGUUUGGUCCCGGGGGCAGCACACGCUGUCCUCUGCCCCUUCACCACCAAGCAGUCACCGUCCGACUAUGACAUUCUGCUGCCGCCCCAAGCAUCAGAAGAUCUGUUCAACAGCCGCCCUCCAUCCCAGCCUCCACCGCCUCCUCCUCAGCCACCAGCGCGACACAGCUUCACUGACCUCUCCUCCUCUUCACUGUCCUCGUCCUUCAACACCUCCACGUCCUACUCGUCCUCCUCCAUGGUCACGCGGCCACACAGGCCGUCUUCCGGACACGAGCACUUGCUCUUAACCCCCGACACAGUGUUUGACAUGCUGAGCAGUGCCGCUCCUCUGCCUCCAGUCAGACGAUACACCGAACACCUGAAAGACUCGAGAAGCUGCCGUCUGGAGUACGACCAUUUACCUGUACUGAUGGACUGCUCGCAGGCUCCUGCCAGGCCGCCCAAGCCACUGCCAAGGAAGAUCCCCCCAGACAUCCAGUCCAAACCCCACGGCACGGAGUCCGAGACCGUGGACGCCAAGAUCGCCAAGCUGAUGGGGGAGGGCUACUCCUUUGAAGACGUGAAGCGGGCGCUGAUGAUCGCGCAGUACAAGGUGGACGUGGCCCGAAACAUCCUGCGAGAAUUUGCCUUAGUGGCCCCGAGACUUAACCUCUAGUUUUUUUUUAGAGACAGGGAAAAGAAGGGGGCGGGGCGUGGGGGAAGCACAACAGCGAAAGCUGUGCCUCUGAAUGGAAUCUUCAAAAAAA